CACAGUGUUUCGCGGGAGCCAUCCCUAGUGUUUUAUUGAGUGUAAACAGAGUCUUGUCUCUGUGUAUUUUAGUGUUGAUGAUGAGAUGGAUGUGAUGUGCUGUAAAUCAGUAGGAACUGAUCUGUCCAUGCUGGAUAUUGAUGAUUUCAUCACAGAAAUCUCUCAGCUGAAGAAAGUGGCGUUACUGGAGACAAAGCUGAGGUUAAGAGGAGAUGAAGGACUGAAGAGAGAGGACUCCGAGCUCAGUCUGACUUUACUCUGUUAUACUGAGUCAAAGCCCACAGACGCUCAGGACACUACAGUGUGUGACAGUAAUCAGGGCUUACAGGAUGAGGAAUCUACUGAUCAAACCUCCACAGAGUCUCUGGAUUCUGGCUGGAACGCUGGAGAACAGCAGCAGAUCCUGCAGACCAAACUCAAGAUGUGUUCAGUCAAACUUACGGACUGCUCGAACCUCAUGAUGAAGAUGAGAAGAGAAGCCACAGAAGAGGAAGAUCACACUGGUGAAGAAGAUGAGGGUUGUGGUGAUGAUUUUAUUCCUUCCGAUGAGAAGAGCCAUUCAUGUUCUGAGGGAAAAAUAACAUUGUCAACAUCAAAAGAAAGACAUUUAAAGGGACAUGAGAGAAAACGCCCAAAACAGAAACUCUUCACCUGCAGGAGAUGUAAGAUCAGCUUUAAAACCUUUCAAGAGAAGAAACUUCAUUCACAAGAGCACAUAAAGAAAAAGAAGAAGAAGAAAAAGAAGCAGCAAUUUCCCUGUCAGCAGUGUGAGAAGGUGUGUAGCUCUUCUUUUAAUCUAAAAGUUCACAUGAGGACACACAGUGGUGAAAAGCCUUUCUACUGCACUGAAUGUGGCUAUUGCUUUAGCAUCAAAGGACAUCUUGUUGCUCAUCAGAGAAUUCACACAGGAGAAAAACCCCAUCAAUGUUCACACUGUGAUAAACGUUUCUGUCAGAAAACUCAUCUGAUAAUCCACGAGAGAAGUCACACUGGAGAGAAACCUUAUCACUGCUCUUACUGUGAAAAAAGAUUUUCCGAUCCAUCUCAAUUCAAAGUUCAUCUGAGAAUUCACACUGGAGAAAAGCCUUACAAAUGCUCUCAGUGUAAGAAGAUGUUUUCUAAGUCAAGUGCCUUAAAAGUCCACCAGAGAGUUCAUACUGGAGAGAAACCUUACCACUGUGGUGUUUGUGGGAAGAGUUUUAAUCAUCGUGAUUAUUUAGUGAGACACCAGAGAAAUCAUACAGGUGAAAAACUUUACAAAUGCUCUCAGUGUGAGAAGUCGUUUAAUCGAUCAGCUCACUUAAAAGACCAUGAGAGAGUUCACACUGGAGAGAAACCUCAUCUCUGUAGUGUUUGUGGGAAGUGUUUCAGUCAACAUUACAGUUUAGUAAAACACCAGAGAACUCAUACAGGUGAAAAACCUUACAAAUGCUCUCAGUGUGAGAAGACUUUUGCUCACCCAAGUACCUUAAAAAUUCAUGAGAGAUUUCAUACUGGAGAGAAACCUUACGUCUGCUCGAUCUGUGGAAAGAGAUUCACAGAUUCAUCUCAAGUCAGUGAUCAUAAAAGAAUUCAUACAGGUGAAAAACCUCAUCACUGUCGUAUCUGUGGGAGGAGUUUCAGUCGACGUCAACAUUUAGUGUCACACAUGAGAAUUCAUACAGGUGAAAAACCUUAUAAAUGCUCUCAGUGUGAGAAGACGUUUACUCAAUCAGGUCAAUUAAAAGUCCACCAGAGAGUUCAUACUAGAGAGAAACCUUAUCACUGCUCGAUCUGUGGAGAGAGAUUUGUUUUAUUAGGAAUGUUUCACACUCAUCAGAAGAAACAUACUAAAAAGCGAAUAUCUUCCUUUGAGUUCAUCAGAACCAAGAAAAUUAUACAGGUUUGUAACAACAUGAGGGAGCUCAUGUGUGAUGUGUUUGUGUAUCCUCAGUGUUUUUCUCUCUUGAGUGUUUUAUUGAGUGUUAACAGAGUCUUGUCUCUGUGUAUUUUAGUGUUGUUGAUGAUGGAUGUGAUGUGCUGUAAAUCAGUAGGAACUGAUCUGUCCAUGCUGGAUAUUGAUGAUUUCAUCACAGAAAUCUCUCAGCUGAAGAAAGAGGUGGCGUUACUGGAGACAAAGCUGAGGUUAAGAGGAGAUGAAGGACUGAAGAGAGAGGACUCCGAGCUCAGUCUGACUUUACUCUGUUAUACUGAAUCAAAGUCCACAGACGCUCAGGACACUACAGUGUGUGACAGUAAUCAGGGCUUACAGGAUGAGGAAUCUACUGAUCAAACCUCCACAGAGUCUCUGGAUUCUGUCUGGAACGCUGGAGAACAGCAGCAGAUCCUGCAGACCAAACCCAAGAUGUGUUCAGUCAAACUGGAGGACUGCUCUAACCUCAUGAUGGACAUCAAAACUGAACUUACAAACAUAAAAACAGAACCCACAGAAGAGAAAGAACACGAUGAUGAGGGUUGUGGUGAUGAUUUUGUUCCUUCAGAUGAGAAGAGUGAUUCAAGUUAUGAUGGAGUAAUAACAUCCUCAACAUCAAAAGAGCGACAGACAGCACAAACUCAUUCCUGCAUCACCGGUGGAGAGACAUUAAACUCACAGAAACAUUUAAGGAGACAUGAGAGAAAACACACAGAUCAGAAACUGUGCACCAGAUCUAAGAUCAGCGUUAUUACCUUACAAGAGAAGAAACUUAAUUCACAAGAGCACAGAGAGAAGAAGAAUCAGUUUCACUGUCAGCAGUGUGGGAGGGGUUUUGUCCUCUUAUCUCAGCUGAAACGCCACAUGAGGACACACAGUGAUGAAAAGCCUUUCUACUGCACUGAAUGUGGCAAAUAUUUCAGAACCAAAGAAAAUCUUGAUGUUCAUAAAAUAAUUCACACAGGAGAAAAACCCCAUCAAUGUUCACACUGCGAUAAACGUUUCUGUAAGAAAUCUUAUCUGUUAAUCCAUGAGAGAGUUCACACUGAAGAUAAAUCCUACAUCUGUAGUGUUUGUAGGAAGAGUUUUGGGCAACAUUACAAUUUAUUGUCACACCAGAGAAUUCAUACAGGUGAAAAACCUUACAAAUGCUCUCAGUGUGAGAAGACGUUUGCUCGAUCAGGUAACUUAAAAGUCCAUUAUAGACUUCACACUGGAGAGAAACCUUACCACUGUAAUGUCUGUGGAAAGAGUUUUAGGCAACUUGCUAACGUUGUAAUCCAUGAGAGAGUUCACACUGGAGAGAAACCUCAUCACUGUAGUUUUUGUGAGAAGAGUUUUAAUCAACGUAGCAGUUUAUUGAAUCAUCAGAGAAUUCAUACAGGUGAAAAACCUUACAAAUGCUCUCAGUGUGGGAAGACGUUUGGUCAUUCAUCUAACUUUAAAGCCCAUGAGAGAAUUCAUACUAGAAAGAAACCUUAACAAUCUGUGGAGAGAGAUUUGCUUUAUUAGGAUGUUUUCAGACUCGUUAGAAGAAACAUACUGAAGAGUGGUGUUAGACCGACACUGAAUGGCUGAACCCAGAGGGCUGGGGAAUUUCUGAGAUUGACAUUUCAUUGGAGGGCUGCAGAGCUGUUUUAACGUUCAAAAGCACAAUAUUUCUGUAAAUGUACUGUUUCAAUUCUAUCAUUUAACGUAUAAUACUACCUUAAAAUAUAAGCAGUGGUUUCUAUAUUUUUAAUUUACAUUAUUUUAUAAAAAUAAGAAUCUU